CAGAAAUAUCACUUAAUAUGCUGCUCUCUUGGCUUCUUAUCGUUUGGUUUUUACAGAUGCCAACUUUCACCUGGAUCAUUGCAACUCAUAUCUGCCCAACUGACACAAAAUACCUAAUAUACUCUGAUGGAACUGUUGUCAUUGGUGCAUUUUUUCCAAUUUUACAUAAUUCACUUGUACGUACAACAACAGAUUGGAAAUACUUUCCUAUGGAUUCAGAUAAUUAUUUUGGGAUGAGUGGACGAAAUUACCAACUCGUUUUGGCCAUGUUAUUUGCCAUCAAUGAGAUCAACUUGAACUCCCAUAUUUUACCAAACACCUCUCUUGGACUUGAGAUUUAUAAUCUGCCAGCUAUUGGAAGGAACAUUUUUAGGACUGUAUUCUCUUGGCUCACGGGUUUGAGUAGCGUGAUCCCUAAUUAUACAUGUAGAAAAGAAAGCAAUUCAGCUGCUACACUUACUGGAGUAUCAUGGAAAACAUCUGAAACAAUUUGGACCAUAUUGGAUCUUUACAAAUUUCCUCAGCUUACUUUUGGGCCUUUUGAUCCUGUUCAGAUUGAUAGAAACCAGUUUCAAUCUCUCUACCAGGUGGCCCCCAAAGACACAGCUCUAUUGUCUGGUAUUGCCUCUUUGAUGCUUCAUUUCAACUGGAACUGGGUGGGACUCCUCAUCCCAGAUGACCAGAGAGGUGCUCAGUUUCUAUCAGACUUUAGAAAGGAGCUAGACAAAACUAAAAUCUGCAUAGCUUUUGUGAAAACAGUAUUAUAUCUGGGGGAAACCCUACUUCGUUUGAUAUCACAAGAUCAUAUCCACAUUAUAGAAUCAUCAACAGCAGAUGUGAUUGUAAUUUAUGGACCCACUUCUAUUCUAUUAACUUUAAUAGAAAAUACAUAUAGAACGUACAACAAGAAAAAAAUUUGGGUUAUGAGUACAAAAUGGUUUUGCCCAAAUUUGGAACUAUAUAAUAUGUUAGAAUUAACCCAUGGGGCUCUGAUUUUUUCACCUCAUUAUAAGGAGAUUGUUGGUUUCAAAAAGUUUAUGCUAGAAGCCACCCCCAUCAAGUACCCAGAAGAUAUUUUUCUUCAUUUAUUGUGGUACUGGCAUUUCAACUGCUCAUUUUUGCAUUCUGAAUGUAAAAUAUUUGAAAACUGUCUGCAGAAUGCCUCUUUGGAAUUGUUGCCAGGAAAUAUUUUUACAAUGACCAUGACUGAAGAGAGUUACAAUGUGUAUAAUGCUGUGUAUGCAGUGGCCCACAGUCUGCAUGAGGAGACACUCAGUCAAAUACAAUUUCAACCACAGGCAAAUAUUGAUAGGACUCUGUUAUUCCCCUGGCAGCUUCACCCUUUUCUGAAGAAGAUUCAAGUGAAAAAUUCUGUUGGGGACCACGUGGUUCUGGACUGGAAAAGGAAGGCAGAUCCAGAGUAUGAUAUUACCAACAUUUGGAAUUUCCCAACAGGUCUUUCACUAUUAGUGAAAGUGGGUACAUUUGUUCCCAGUGCUCCCAAAGGGGAACAAUUGUCAAUGUCUGAAUAUAUGAUUAGUUGGCCUAUAGGAUUUACAGAGAUUCCUCACUCUGUAUGCACUGAGAGCUGCAAUCCUGGAUUCAGGAAAGUUGUCCUGGAGAGCAAGCCUACCUGUUGCUUUGAUUGCACUCCUUGCCCAGAUAAUGAGAUUUCCAAUGAAACAGGUUUGGAUCAUUGUGUGCACUGUCCAGAAACUCAUUAUGCGAAUGCAGAGAAGAGACACUGCCUGAAGAAAACAGUAACUUUUCUGUACUAUAAUGAUCCCCUGGGGAAGGGAAUCACACUUCUUUCCAUUGGAUUCUCAACACUCACAGCUCUUUUUAUUUGGGUAUUUGUAGACCACAGAGGCACUCCAAUCAUAAAGGCCAAUAAUAGAUCUCUCAGUUACAUACUGCUCAUCACUCUCAUCCUCUGUUUCCUCUGUCCAUUGCUCUUCAUUGGCCUUCCAAAUACAGCAACGUGUAUAAUGCAACAGUACAUGUUUGGACUUCUGUUCACUGUGGCCCUAUCCACUGUGUUAGCCAAAACCAUCACUGUAGUUAUGGCCUUCAAGAUUACUGCUCCAGGAAGAAAGAUAAGGUGGUUGCUGACAUCACAGGUCCCUAAAUUUGCCAUUCCAAUCUGCACACUGAUACAAGUACUUCUGUCUGGUAUAUGGCUGGGAACAUCUCCUCCAUUUAUUGACAAAGAUUAUCACUCUGAACAUGGACACAUCAUCAUUCUUUGCAACAAGGGCUCAUAUAUUUACUUCUACUGCACUCUGGCUUACCUGGGAGUCAUGGCCUUUGGGAGUUACCUCUUGGCUUUCUUAUCCAGGAGACUGCCCGACAGAUUUAAUGAAUCUAAGUCCCUGGCUUUCAGCAUGCUUGUGUUCUGCAGUGUAUGGGUCAUGUUCCUCCCUGUCUACCACAGCACCUCUGGGAAGGUCAUGGUGGCUAUGGAAAUGUUCUCUAUCUUGGCUUCCAGUGCAAGCAUUCUUAUCAUAGUCUUUGCUCCUAAGUGCUACAUUGUUUUGUUUAGGCCAGAGUUGAACAUACUUACUCACAACAGGGAUAAAAGACACCACAGGAGCAAAACUUUUCUUAAAACAUAGUUCACAUGAUUCUUCAACUAAAUUGAAUUUUUCUAGAUCUCAACCAGUUUGACUGUCGAAUGUAAAGUUAUGGCAUGAUGUUUUUAUGAUAGUUUUGUGGAUAUACAUUCUCACCAAAUAUUCUAUCUGUAGCUUGAUUCCCUAGAAUGCCAUGCUGAAAUAAGUAACAAAUUUCACACACUAUGACUGCCACGUUAAACUUCAUACCACAAUAUUCCUCAUAACAUUUCAUAUUUUCAAAUCUUUUAUUUUAUCUUUUAAUCUUUUUUUCAGUACAGAUUUUAUCCCCCUCAUAGUCCAUUCUCUGUCAGUUCCACAUUCCACACCUCCUACCCUGUCUCCAUGAGGAUGUCUCCAUCCCAGAAUCCUCCACCCCAACAAACCUGCACACUCCCUGGAUCCUCCUGUUCUUUGAGGAUUAGGUGUAUCUUCAGAGUCCAUCCCCAACAGUCUUCUGCUGCAUAUGUGUUGAGGAUCUCAUAUUAGCUAGUGUAUGCUGCCUGGUUUGUAGCUCAGUGUCUGAGAUCUCUGGAGUCCAGCUUAGUUGAGAUUGCUGGUUCUCCAACAGGGACACCCUAAAAGUUUAUAUUAAGGUGUACAGCAUAUGUGCAAUGAAUUGAUCCUCAAGUUUCUAAUAAAAUGAAAUAUAAUGUUCAAGAAC